AUGACGAAGGCUGAGUUCAGAACGUUGGAGAGAGAGAAAAGGUUUCAAAAUCCACCAAAGGAUUCCUCCGCGUAUCCAUUGCUCACCAAUGCAGUUAAACCUCAUAUCGGCUCAUUCAAUGCUUUGACUGAUGGUAAUAUUCUCAACUUGGCUGUCAAGGAUAUCGGUACUAAAGUUAUUUACGACAGUAAAGACCAAGACAAGAUUGGUCCAAACAAGUUAUCUAUCCGCGUUGAUUCUGUGCAGAUAGCCAAACCAUCUGUCCCAUUAACUGACAAACUGUCUGUGAAUAGAAACACCUACCCAAGUGAGUGUAGAGAAAGGUUGACAACUUACAAAGGUAGAUUACUUUUGAAGUUGGCUUGGAAAGUCAAUGACGAGCCAGCGGAAGAAAUUACGGAAAUCAGAGAUGCAGGUCAACUACCAGUUAUGGUCCAAUCGAAUAGAUGUCAUUUGAAUGGUGCUUCUCCAGAUCAAUUGGUGAAAAUGAGAGAAGAGUCCGAUGAGCUUGGUGGGUACUUCAUAGUCAACGGUAUUGAGAAGUUGAUCAGAAUGUUGAUUGUUCAAAGAAGAAAUCAUCCGAUGGCUAUAAUUAGACCCUCAUUUGCCAAUAGAGGUGCUUCUUAUACUGCUUAUGGUGUCCAACUAAGAUCAGUUAGACCAGAUCAAUCUUCGCAAACCAAUGUGCUACAUUAUUUAAAUGAUGGUAAUGUUACAUUCAGAUUUUCGUGGAGAAAGAAUGAAUAUUUGGUUCCUGUUACUCUUAUUCUUAAGGCACUUAUUGAGACAUCCGAUAAGGAAAUUUUUGAUGGUAUUGUUGGUUCCGAUGUUGACAACUCUUUCCUUACUGAUAGAUUGGAAUUGCUAUUGAGAACCUUCAAACAGUACAAGUUGAAUUCAAACAAAGAGUCGGUUGCUUAUCUUGGUAAAAAAUUCAGGGUUGUCUUUGGUGCCACACCAAACAUGACCGACAUUGAUGUUGGUAAUGAAGUUUUAAAUAGAAUUGUGCUUGUUCAUUUGGAUAAUAAUGCCGAUAAGUUUAGGUUAUUGUGUUUUAUGAUCAGAAAGUUGUACUCCCUUGUUGCAGGUGAGUGUUCUCCAGAUAACCCGGAUUCUACUCAACACCAAGAAAUCUUGCUAGGUGGAUUCCUUUAUGGUAUGAUCUUGAAGGAAAAGAUCGAUGAAUAUCUACAAAGUAUUAGGUUACAGAUCCAAUCUGACAUUACUAGAGGCAUUGCAGUUAAUUUUAAUGACCGGAAAUACAUGACUAGGGUAUUUUCAAGAAUCAAUGAAAAUAUCGGUCAGAAGCUUCAAUAUUUCUUGUCUACAGGUAACUUGGUCUCCCAAUCGGGCCUGGAUUUACAACAAGUUAGUGGUUAUACUGUGGUUGCAGAAAAAAUUAACUUCCAUAGAUUUAUUUCUCAUUUCAGAAUGGUUCAUAGAGGUUCUUUCUUUGCUGAAUUAAAGACCACUACUGUCAGAAAGUUGUUACCUGAAUCUUGGGGGUUUUUGUGUCCUGUCCAUACACCGGAUGGUUCUCCUUGUGGUUUGUUGAACCAUUUGGCACACAAAUGUGAAAUUACCACCGAAAACAUCGAUACCAGUAAUAUUCCUAGUAUACUGUUCAAGUUGGGUGUAAAACCAACUAGCUCGGCAACUUCAAUUGCAGGUCCUAAUACUUGUUGUGUCCAAUUGGAUGGUAAGAUCAUUGGCUAUACGACACACGAACAAGGUAAAUUGAUUGCCGACACACUAAGAUAUUGGAAGGUUGAGGAUGGUAAGAAACAUGGCAUUCCACUGUCUCUUGAAAUCGGUUACGUUCCACCAUCAAAUCAUGGUCAAUAUCCAGGUUUAUAUCUAUUUGGUGGUUGUUCUCGUAUGAUUAGGCCUGUAAACUACUUACCUUUGAAUAAAAGGGACAUUGUUGGUCCAUUUGAACAAGUAUUUAUGAAUAUUGCCGUUGUACCUGAUGAAAUUGAGAACAACGUUCACUCUCAUUGUGAAUUUUCGCCAACUAAUAUUCUAUCUAUCCUUGCAAACUUAACUCCAUUUUCCGAUUUCAACCAGUCUCCGAGAAAUAUGUACCAAUGUCAAAUGGGUAAGCAAACUAUGGGUACUCCAGGUGUUGCGUUGAUGCACAGAUCAGAUAAUAAAUUAUAUAGGUUGCAAGCUGGUCAGACACCGAUCGUUAAGGCAAAUCUGUAUGACGAUUAUGGAAUGGACAAUUUCCCUAAUGGUACCAAUGCCGUUGUUGCGGUGAUUUCAUACACAGGUUAUGAUAUGGAUGAUGCGAUGAUUAUCAACAAGUCUGCAGAUGAGAGAGGUUUUGCUUAUGGUGUUGUUUAUAAAGUUGAGAAAAUUGAUUUGAGCCAGUCGAGACGUAGGAAUGAUCCGAUUACCCAACAUUUCGGAUUUGGACCAGAUGAGAGCCCUGCAGAAUGGAGGGAAAAGUUGGAUGAAGACGGGUUGCCGUAUAUUGGCGUUAAUGUCGAAGAAGGUGAUCCAAUCUGUGCAUACUAUGAUGAGGUUCUGGGUAAAACCAAAGUCAAGACAUACCAUUCUAGUGAGCCUGCAUUUAUUGAAGAAGUCAAACUGAUUUCCGAUGACAAUGGUAAUACUGAAUGUCAGACAAUUACAAUCAAGUUCAGGGUCACAAGACAGCCGUUGAUUGGUGAUAAGUUUUCAUCCAGACAUGGUCAAAAGGGUGUGUGCUCGAGAAAGUGGCCACAAAUUGACAUGCCAUUCUCCGAAUCGGGAAUUCAGCCUGAUGUUAUUAUCAAUCCACAUGCUUUCCCUUCCCGUAUGACCAUUGGUAUGUUUGUCGAGUCUUUAGCUGGUAAGGCUGGUGCAUUGCAUGGUAUUGCACAAGAUGCUACACCAUGGAAGUUCAACGAGAAUGACAUUCCUGCGGAUUUCUUUGGUGAGCAAUUGAAGGCGGCUGGUUACAAUUAUCACGGUAACGAGCCACUUUAUUCUGGUGCAACGGGUGAAGAAUUGAGGGCGGACAUUUAUAUUGGUGUUGUCUAUUACCAACGUUUGAGACACAUGGUCAACGAUAAGUUCCAAGUGCGGUCUACUGGUCCGGUGAAUAGUUUGACCAUGCAACCUGUUAAGGGUAGAAAGAGGCAUGGUGGUAUCAGAGUAGGUGAGAUGGAGAGAGACGCGUUGAUUGGCCAUGGUACAUCAUAUCUUCUACUAGAUCGGUUGUUGAAUUGUUCGGACUACACACAUUCGAGUAUCUGUAGAGACUGUGGAGGGCUGUUGAGUACCCAAGUUUCUGUUCCACGUGUUGGUGGUGGCGAAAGCAUGCGUUGCAGAAGGUGUGCCACUAGAAUCGACGGCCGAAAUGGUGGCCACCGUUCGAACCUCCUUGAGAACGGUGACGUUUGGGAAGACGGUUCUGGAAAGAGGUUCAUUGGGGGAGGCAACACUGCGACUGUUGCCAUUCCCUUUGUCCUCAAGUAUUUGGACAGUGAGCUUGCUGCCAUGGGUAUUUCGAUGAAGUACAAUGUCGAGCCAAAAUAG